AUGACCCUCCCCACCAAACCCAACUUGCUCUCUUUGCUUCUCCCAGUGCUCAUUCUCUAUUUCUCUAUCUUCAUUGCAACAGCUGGUAUGAAAACAAAAGAUGAAGAAUAUACCUACGCUGAAGGAACUAAGAACGGGCCAGCGAAUUGGUGGCGUCUGAACCCACAAUGGAAAGCAUGUGGGAAUGGAAAACUUCAAUCUCCCAUUGAAAUCAUAGACAAAAGCGUGGUAGAGCUUCCUCAAUUGGGUGAACUUAAAUUAGAUCACAAACCAGCUCCUUCUAUUCUAAAGAAUAGGGGUCAUGACAUCAUGGUGCAAUGGAAUGGGGAUGCAGGCCAGCUUGAGAUAAAUGGAACUUACUACAAACUGAUACAAUGCCAUUGGCAUACACCUUCAGAGCACAAGUUGAAUGGAAUUAAGUUUGACAUGGAAAUACAUGUAGUCCAUCAAAACACUAAAGGAGAAAUUGCUGUUAUUGGAAUAUGGUAUAAAAUUGGCGGUCCAGAUCCCUUUCUUUCAAAGCUGAUCAACAACAUAAAAUCAAUUGGCGACAAAGAGAUAGAUUUAGGAGUAAUCAACCCAAGUGACAUCAGUUUCAUCAGCAAAAUGUAUUACAGAUAUGUUGGUUCCCUGACAACUCCACCAUGCACUGAAGGUGUUAUUUGGACAGUAAUGAAGGAGGUGAGGACAGUCUCAACAGAGCAGUUAGAUGCCUUGAAAGGAGCUGUUCAUCACGGAUUUAAGGAAAAUGCAAGACCAACACAGGAACUUAAUGGAAGACAAGUUUGGUCAUAUACUCCGUAG